UCUAAUAGAGGUGAAAUUGAAAGGAAAAUCUUGGCGUCACAUCAAUGAAUACAGACCAUGCCUGGAAUGGGAGGAGAAAAGGUGCUGCCCCAUGACAAAAAAAAAAACAAAAACAAAAAACCCAGAGUGAAUAUAAAGACAGAGGAGCUGGGGAGUGGAGGCAUAUCAUCAGGGAAAGACUCACUCCAAGUGCCUGUAGCUGAAUCAGAAUCUUUCCACCCAAGAUGAAGCUGCUGCUGUUGUGUCUGGGGUUGACGCUGGUCUGUGCACAGGAUGAAGGAAACCGUGAUGUUGUGACAAGCAACUUCGAUAUGUCAAAGGUUUCAGGGGAGUGGUAUACCGUUCUCUUGGGCUCAGAUGUCAAAGAAAUGAUAGAAAAAGAUAGUGCCAUGAGGGGUUUUAUGGAAUCCAUCAAGGUCUGGGACAACUCUUCUCUGACACUGAAAUUUCAUGUAAAGGUCGAUGGAGAAUGUACUGAAAUAUUUUUGGUUUCUCACCAAACAACAGAGAAUGGUAUAUAUACUGUUACCUAUGCUGGAUUCAAUACAUUUCGCAUAAUUGAAGUGGUCUAUGAUGACUAUAUUAUUUUUCAUCUCAUUAAUGUCACCAAUAAGCAAAAAUUUGAGAUGCUGAUACUUCUAGCCCGGGAUCCAAAUGUGAGCCCAAAACUCAAGAAAAGGUUUGAGGAACUUUGUCAAGAAUAUGGAAUUGCUAAGGAAAACAUACUGGAUGUGUCCAAAGUUGAUCGCUGUCUCCAGGCCCGAGGGAGCAAUGAUGCUUAGGCCUCCAGGUUGGUGAUGUCUGAUGGAGAGGGGGUGGCCCAGGGACCACUGCCUUCCAACACCGUUAGGGGUUUGUGUCCAAAGAUUACAAUGAAGCCCUAG